GUUUGUGCGUUGAAUUACGACAGUCGAAAGUCGUACAGUGGGAUUGCCUGACGGCUUCGUAGCUUUACGACAGCAACAACUAUGGCGGCUUCCAGUGGCAGAUUUGAAAGUGAGAAGAGUAUCGAAGAGCGUAAGGAGCAGACCCGACUUGCCAGGGCGGAGGUGUUGCGUCAGGCAAAAGCCAAUUUUGAAAAAGAAGAAAGGCGGAAAGAACUUAAACGACUUCGAGGUGAGGAUACAUGGAUGCUACCUAAUGUCAGUGAACGAAUUGAGGAGUUUUCAAAGGAACAUUCUCUGAAGAAAAAGAAGAAAAAAGAUAAGCAUUCAAAAAAAGUAAAGAAAGAAAAGAAAAAAAAGAGCAAGAAACAGAAAUAUGAAAAAAGUGAAUCAACUGAUAGUUCAUCAAGCUCUGAGGAUGAGUGGGUUGAGGCUGUUCCAUCCCAAACUCCUGGCAGAGAAAAGGCCUGGAAAGUGAAAGAUGAAGAGUUUGAGAAAGAAGAUGACAGCCAGGUUAUUCAGAGGGAUGCAUGGAUGACUGUAGAUUUUAUGUCUGUUAAGACUGUGUCGUCCUCAUCACUCAAAGCUGAAAAGGAAAUGACAAGGAAAAUAGAGCGAGAGAAGAACCAAGCACAUGAGCAGUCUAAACUGCUUGAAAGAGAAUUGAAUCCAUAUUGGAAGGAUGGUGGGACAGGUCUCCCAUCAGAAGACUGUAGUGUAUCAUCACUUACUAAAGCCUCAGGAGUAGAGGAUGGUGGAUUAAGCUGGCUUAGAAAGUCUUACCAAAGAAUGAAAGAACAAGCUGAAAAACAAAACAGAAAAUUUGAGGACAUUGUAGCUGAAAGAUACGGGUCAAUGGAAAUAUUCCAGUUGAAAUUAGAAGAAGCUGAAAAAACUGCAUGCAAAAAUGAAGAUUCUACACAAGAGCGGUGGAGAAAACCAACAUAUUCAGAUAAAGUACAAAAGAGUCAAGAAAGUAGGAAAUUAGACUUAGUAAAAUAUAAUAAAAUUUCAAGAGACAAGUAUGAUACAACAACGAUUACAAACAGCAGCAGUAAAGAUAAAUGUAGUGAUAAUGAGAAAGAUAAGAGAUACACCUCUUCAGAAUCACAUAGAAGAGAAUUCAAUCCAAGGCAAAAUCAAGAGUUUGCGUCUUCGGGAAAUUUGAGACCUAAAUUCUUAAGACCUUCUGAUGCUGAUGAACUGUCAUCUCGUUUCAAGGCUAGAGAUUUUGAACCAUCUAGUUCUUCAUCAUUAGCAGUAGCUCAGGGUUCUUUGCACUGUGGCUCCCAAAAGCCCAUGGAAAAUGAUGAAGAAAGGUUAAUGCGUUGGAGACGAUCUGGGGGAGGGGACCAGAAACAUUCAAGUAAGAAGCCAUUGGAAACAAGUAGCGGCGUUGACUCUGGACACAUUUCAGGAGACAUGGGAGAAAAAUUGCCAGCCAAGAGAGUGCGAGAACACUUGGAGGACGCAGAGUCUACAUUUGCUGGUGUAGAGGAUGAGUCCAUCCAUGUCCUGAGUGUUGAUGAGAAGAACAAAUUGGGGGCCAAGAUUAUUAAGGCAGAGAUGAUGGGGAACAUGGAACUGGCUCAACAACUUAAAGCCCAACUUGAAAAGGCUAAUAAAUUAAAAGAAACUGUAGCACAAAUCUCAUCAAAAAGAACAGGAGCAGAGGAGAGUGCAGACCCGCGAGACGUGAUCCUUGUCAGGACAGAUGAGUCUGGAAGAGCGUGGCCACUGAGCACUCCAGGGGCUCUGGAGUCACAAGCGGGGAGUAGGAGGAGACACAGGGUUGCUACUCAUGAAGAAAAAGAAAGAGUCAGAUACUUUCCUGAUGAUGAUCAUCUAAGUCUGAAUGAUUUAGUCAAAAAUGAAAAGAUGGGAACAGCAGAAAGUCAAAACAAACUUUUUAUGAGAAUGGCAUCUAAGUUCAUGGGAAAAGCAGAUGGAGACUAUUACACUCUAGAUGACAUGUUUGUAUCCAAAGCAGCUGAGCGAGGACGUCUUGGCGAGGAGGAAGAGAGCCAGAGGAAGCAGGCUAUAGCUGAGCACCAGCGUCUUGCUGCACAAAUGGAAAAAUGUCUCUAUUGUUUUGACAGCUCUCAAUUUCCCAAGCACCUUAUUGUUGCAAUAGGUGUUAAGGUUUAUUUAUGUUUACCCAACUUCCGAUCUCUUUCUGAAGGGCACUGCCUCAUAGUCCCUUUGCAGCACCAUCGAGCUGCUACCUUAUUGGAUGAAGACAUCUGGGAGGAAAUUCAGAUGUUUAGGAAAUCAUUAGUAAAGAUGUUUGAAGACAAAGGAUUGGAUUGCAUCUUUUUAGAAACUAAUAUGAGCAUGAAGAAACAGUAUCACAUGGUUUAUGAAUGCAUUCCUCUCCCAAAGGAAGUGGGUGACAUGGCUCCUGUCUAUUUUAAGAAAGCGAUAAUGGAAUCUGAUGAAGAGUGGUCCAUGAACAAGAAAUUAAUUGAUCUUUCUUCAAAGGACAUCAGAAAGUCUGUUCCCAGGGGCUUGCCUUACUUUUCAGUGGACUUCGGCCUCCAAGGAGGAUUUGCCCAUGUCAUUGAAGAUCAACAUAAAUUCCCUCAUUACUUUGGAAAGGAAAUCAUUGGCGGGAUGUUGGAUCUAGAGCCAAGACUUUGGCGGAAGGGCGUCCGUGAAAGCUUUGAGGAUCAGAGGAAGAAAGCACUGCAGUUUGCUCAGUGGUGGAAACCAUAUGACUUCACCAAAAGCAAGAAGUAUUGACAUGCACCUCUCAUUUUAAAUUUCCUCUUCAGAUACUCUUUUAAUCUCCCCUGCGUCUCACUAAACAGUUGAGCCUCAGCUCAUAGGGAAAAAGUAACAGCGGCAGGCUCCUCUGGGUCUCUGAACCCUGUGCA